GCCGGCCCGGGGCGGGGGUGCUAUGUAUGUCUGUAUGUCUGUGUGUAUGUAUGUAUGUAUGUGUGUCCGCAAGGGCCGCCUCGACACCUGCUCUUAGGUUUCUGACUGGAUUUACGUGAGUCCUGUUGGGGGAGUGUGGGUGACACGCAGGGCUCUCAGGCCCCUGAAGCAGAACGUACGUUUGUUUUUAAACCAGCCCUGCUUGACCAUCAUACAUCUUUUACUUUGGUUGGCUUCAGGAAGUGUAUGGGAUAGUUACAAGGAAAAGAGGAGAGAAUAAAGGGUGUUAACUUUGAGGAGCCAUAAUGCCUGUUGUUGAUUUCUGUGUAAGUGGCGAGUUAAGGUUCCAUUUCUGAUGUGAUUUGUUCUCCCAUUGUAGCAAUCCAAACUUUUCCCUCGGGAGAGCUGGUGAGGACAUCCAGCGGGCAAAAUGUUUGUCUUGGUGCUCAGGUUCCUCUCUCUGGCAUGCUGUUUCAUAAAUCAGCAGCUAGAUUUUCACUUUCUUUUUGAGUCAUUAGUGUUAUCUGAGGCACCUUAUGUUUCUUCACAUACCUAUUAUUAUAAUUCGUUUUCUUAUAUAAUUGUUUCUGGGAGGUUAUAAGCAUUAGUGUGCCUCAAGGAUUUGAAGAUAUACUAAUAAUAAUGCAGAAGAAUCCUCCCUGGAAAAUUUUGAAAUAUAUUGAAUUUUGAAUUCCUAAAUGUCUUGUUUUGAAUUACAAUAAGGAGUCACCAAAAAUUAAUACAAGAAGAUAUUCUCUUAUGUAGGGUCAGCUGUAUGAGUGUGGGAAUUUGAAAAAUGUUUGUACAACCUGCUUUGGAGACCUCCAAUGCAGGCAGAGCAGUCUCCCCAUAUAACUUAUUUGUAUGCUCAUUAAGAAACACUUUGCAGCUGUAAGGACAAUAAUAUACUUGAAUUCUUUCUACAGUAAUUUGAAGCCAUUUUCAUUCACAACAAUGAAUGGUUUGGGGAACAGCUUAUUUCUGUUUCCCUUAAAAGUGAUUCUUCUGCUUUGUCUUGCAGGGUGUGUGUGUGUGUUAUUUUUUUUUUAAUUAUGUCUCCUCUUUUUUAGCCUAAAUAUUCUCAGUUACUUUAAUCUUUUUUUGUAUAUUUUGCAUUUAAGCUCAGAUCAUUCUUGAUCCCCUUCUCUGAAUUCAUUCAUUCUGAUCAAUUCAUAUGUUUGACUCAAUUCAAAGGGCAGUAUUCAAAACUAGACUACUCUAGCUGAAUUCUAAACAGUAGUAAGUAAGUAGGAAGGAAGAUUUAUGUCCUCUUAAAGCUUUACAUCUGUUCACUCAUCCUGGUAUGGAUGGCAGCCUUUGGCAUAUUCACCUUCUGUUCCAACUUAGACCCUAGGUCUUUUCUGCACCAGGGGAUUAUUCUGUCCUAAAUUGUAGAUCUUGCUUUUCUUAUUUAAAUACCCUCUUUCCUCUUCCUGGUUGGUUGUUUACUUUUUUAUUGGAGCUUUUUAAAACAACAACAAAAAAAAACAAACACUACAAUGCAAACUUUUCUGAUUAGCAAAGACUGGAUUCGAGUUCAGAAUUUUCUUCCAUCAUGGUUUUGUUUUGUUGCAGCUUGCUGCCAUCUGUAAUAUUAAGGAAACAGUUAAUUAUUAAACAAUACUACUUAGGAGGGUCCUCUCUGAACUUUCAGUGGCCUGUGUAACUCCUUGGUUCUAUUUUUCUGCAUGACCUUGCAGCUAAGAUGAAAAGUAGAGACAACGUAAUAUUAAAUUGGAGCUUUGCCAGAAACCAAAUCCUUUUCACAUAGUGAGGUGUUUUCUAACUCUAAUUAGGACAAGGCUAGCAGGAAGCAACAUUCCAAGCUUGUCUUUUGCUCUUUGAUCUUCAGCAGCAGCAUGUUUAUUCCUUAGAUGUCCAAGGCACAGAGCACCUUGAAAUAGCUGUGGAGAUGCCUGUCCUUAGUAAAUAGGAUUUGAAAAUAUAUUUGGGCCACACAGUAAUGCUCUGUCUUGGCUCCUUUCUCCUUCCCUUGCAUCCCCUUGGUUUAGCUUAUCUGAGCCUUAGUCUUUCACAGGGCAAGAAGAUCACAGCAAGAAGCUCUGCUCUGCUUUUGACACCUUGUACUACAGAGCAUUUUCCUCAUUCACCAGAUAGAAUCUUAAAAAAUUUAUAAGCUAAAUACAAAAUCCCUUGUGUAAUGUGCCACAGCUGUCUCUUACUUCGGACUUCUUUUCCUUGCAUGUCACUGUAGUGUUUGAGCAUUUUCCUGAUGUCUAAAUUAGAUCUGCAUGACAGUAUGUUAACUGAAAUUCAUCACUCUUUGCAGUUCUUCCUCAGGAGAUUUUCUUUCCCUGCUAAUGGAGGCUGCCUUGAGCUGCACAGAAACUCAGCAGAGCAGAGGAUCUUUUCUCCUCUCCUCAGCCUGCCUGUCUUUAGCUUCGUGGUAGCACCAACUAGAAAGCAUUUGGUGUCACACACUUACUCUCUCUAAACUCCCAGCAUCCACAUGAUGUGACAACUGGGAGGAAAAGGGGGUCUCCUAAAAGUGUUCUGUUUUCUUUCAUCUUCAAAAGGAGACUGAAACUGAGUAGCUGUUAAAAUUCUACAGGAAAAGAGAAUUGGAAAGGAAAAAAUGACAUUCUCAACUGCUUUAUCUACCCUGAACUGUUUCAGCGAGAUUAAGAAACUCCUCAGUGUAGUGACAGUCACUUCUUAGGCAAACAUCCAAAUGUUCCUUAUUAAGGCCCACAGUUACAUAGGAACAUAUCUGGUAGGGAUGGAACAAUUCUACCUCAUUGCCAGGUUUUCUUUCCAUUAAGCUUAAGAAAAAUCUUGAUUGCCCAGAUAUUUUCAGUCUUAGUGUAUGCUUCUUGAGUCUUGAACCUGGUUGUAACUUGCUUUAAAAUGCAGUAGGCUUUUAUUCUUUGCAGUUACUUUGAAUAGACAUUUUGGAUACUUAUGAUUUUUUUUAUAAAAAGGACAUUAUCUCUUUGUGAAGUGAAAAGGGUUUUGGAGGCACUGAAGAAAUUAAUUUUUUAUUCUGCUGGUAUGUUAAAUGAAUAUUCAACUUGUAAUAACUGUGAGAUACGCAAGAUAUUUCUACUAACUAUGAUUUGUGGUAGUUAGAUAUUACAACUCAAGUGCUAACUGUUAUGCUCUUGCUUUAAAGUUUGCUCCCUUCAUCCCUUUUGUUUUAUAUUGGUAAUAUCAUAGAGGGUUUUUUAUUCUGUUGUUUGUACUGCGCUUGUGGACUGGAAUAUUUAAUCUUUUUUAGAUGCUGCAAUUUAGGAAUGAGGUGACCAACUGAAAUUGGUCCAGAGAUGAUUAAAAACACAGGUUUUUUAGUUGUUUUUUGUUUUGUUUUGUUUUGUUUUGUUUUUGGUGAACCUAAAAGCAGUACUUAGAAAACCCCAGGAUUUUCAUAGUUUCAAAACAAAAGAUGAGAAAGCAGACUUUGAAUACAUAAAGUAGUGGCAGAGAACACUGACAAUAGCUUUGUAGCAAAGAAAGGCUGAGCUGGGUGGAAGGAAAAGCUUCAUGAGGAGGUGAAACUUUGAAGCAGGAGCCCUGCUGAGGUUAAGGAACCUCCCUCAGUGAAGUUUUUAAGACCACUUUGGAGGCUGUCGAGACACGGGUUGGCCUCACAGUGGAAGGCUUGGUUGAGGAACCAGUGGGAUUUAAGAAUCUCUCUCCUAAGAAAAUUUGCUGCUUGUUCAGUGUUCCAUCUUAGUGUGCACUUGAUGAUUUCACUCGAAAUACCUAUCUGAAGAAAUUAAGAGUAGGCGAGGUGUAAUUACCUCUUAAAAAUGUUAAAAACUCAGCAUUGUGUAGCAGCUGUCAAGAUACCCAAGAAAAAGCCAUAUAUUUGUGACAUAUGCUAUAAACAGUUUGAAACCCCAUCAAAAUUAGCUAGGCAUUACCUCAUACAUACUGGUCAAAAGCCAUUUGAGUGUCAUGUAUGCAAUAAAACGUUCAGGCAGUUAGUCCACCUGGAGAGGCAUCAGUUAACCCAUAAUCUGCCUUUUAAGUGUAUUGUUUGCUAUAGAAACUUCAAAAAUGUAAUCACUUUCUUAAAGCAUCAGCAACUUCAUAAUGAAAAUUAUGAGAAUGAUACAAAGCAAACAGAAAACUAUGUGAGUUCUGAGCAGGACAGGGUCACUUGUGGCAUAUUUCAUUGUUCUGUGUGCUGGAAACCCUUUGCAACUGAAGAGAGGUGGAUGCUGCAUCAGUGUCUCAAGUCAGAUCAUCAACGUGGUGCCAGAAGGAGAAAGAAGAAAACUCACACUUGUGAAUCGUGUAACAAGACAUUUCCAUCCAGAUCCAAGCUAGAAAGGCACUUCCUUAUUCACACUGGCCAGAAACCUUUUAAGUGUUCUUCAUGUGGCAAAUCUUUCAGACAGUCAACACACUUGAAAAUUCAUCAGCUCACACACACAGAAGAAAGGCCUUUUCAGUGCUGUUUUUGUCAGAAGGGAUUUAAAAUACGGAGCAAACUCAUGAAGCAUAAACAGCUCCAUGCCAGAAAUAAGACUUUCCCCAAUACUGUAUGCAAAGCAAAGACUCUUAAAUGUCCCAGACUACACAACGUGUUGGAAGGAAAAUGGGAUAGUUUUGAGAAUGCUGAUACACACAAGUCACAGGAGAAUGACCCACAUGAUGUGCACUCAAUUUAUAUUGUACCCUUUCAGUGCCCAGCAUGUGACCAGUGUUUUGAAACAGAGCAUUUUCUAAAGUUACACAAAUGUUGUUAUCCAAAAGACAGCAGAAGUUCAAAUAAUGGUACAACAGCACGCAGAUGCGCAGUCAACAGGAAAAAUAAGAGCCUGAUGAAACUGAAGCAUACUGGAGGAAAGGCAACAGAUUUUUCUCUGACUGACAGAAAAAAAAUUAAAUCAGGUCAUGUUGGAAGUCCUGCCCUGGUCACAGCUAGGGAGCAGCGUUGUGAUCAGCACGUGUCCACCAAACCUCCCAAGGAGCGCCGGGGCCGGCGUGACGUGCACCAGUCAGUUUGUAGUCGGGUGAAAAGAACGUUUGCUGUGCCAUUGCCUUGGCAGGAGUACCCACAGCCUCCUGACGUGGGCAGGAAUUGCAAAGAUGUGCUUCCUGGUGAAGGCAUCUUAAAUGUUGGUGAUUCACUGGAUAAUAAAGAUGAUGCUUUUUAUGGUUCAUCAAAUGAUCGUUUUUUUGAUAAUCCAGAAGUACUUCGCUCUGCUUUUUCAUCUUCUGCAAAAAAUACACAUAACAGACACAAAGUGUGUAAAUGUGACAGAUGUGAAAAAAUUUUUCCAUCUUCAUCCAAACUUCAAAGACAUUAUCUUACACACACGGGACAAAAGCCCUUUGGCUGUAAUGUUUGUGGGAAGGCAUUUAGACAGUCAGCUCACUUAAAAAGACAUCAGCUCACCCAUACUGAAAAGAGAGCCUGUAAAAGCCCCGUUUGCCAGGUAGAAUUUGUAAACCUGAACAAACUUUUCAACCACCAGGGAGAUCACACUGAAUUUAUGUCUUCUCAGCCUGUGGGUUAUUCAGGUUACUCUCAAACACCUUCACAGCCAUCUGGCUUUCAAGAAUUUGAGCUGAUUCAGUCAAACCAAGCAGCUGAAAUCAAAGUUGAAAUUGAAUCAGGGGAUUUUGUUCUUGACACCAGCAGUAGAAACCCACAGCCGUAUUUGUGCAGUAAAUUGCUGGAAACAGAGCAAAGCUGUUACAGCUAUUGGCAUGAUUUUUCUGAAAGUAGUGAAAAAAGUGAAGCUGUUAACAAAUUAUAUCAAUGCAGUAUCUGCUUUAAAACUUUUAAAUCUCCUUCUAAGCUUGAAAGACAUCAUCUAAUGCAUGCUGGACAGAAGCCAUUUGAAUGUUUAGUUUGUGGAAAAAAAUUCAGACAAGCCCCACAUUUGAAAAGACACCACCUUAUUCACUUUAAAGAGAGCUUAAAGCUUAGUUCCACUGAGGAACAAGCAGAAAAUGUAUUAGUUUUAUCAAAACAGGAUAAUGUCCUAUGAAAUAAUUUUAACAUUUUUUGGUUGCAUAAUUAUAAAAGAUUUAUAACAGGCCAAACAAUUAACUGAAGGGGAUUAUAUUUUCUAUUACAGAGAUGACCUGGUGAAGUUAAUUUACUGUCUUCAAAACUCUCUACUUAAUAUAAUUUCUGAGAUAUUCAUGUUGAGAUGUUUUUUUAAAAUGCAACAAACCCACACGCACUUUGCAUUCCCCUUGGCUAGAUUAAAUUUAUAAAUACACAUUCAUGUUGUAUCAAUAGUGUUGCAGUAAUCUACAGUAUUUCAUGAAUAAGAUAAUUAUCCCUAAAACUAUAAAAUACUAUAUGGGAAAAUGUAACACUUUUAAACUAUCAGUAAAGACAAAAAGAUAAUUUUGAGAAUAUGAAAAAAAGGUCAUUUUGCUUUCUUCUGGCUCCCCAUAUGUUCCAAGCAAAGGAUUUUUGCUGUAUCUAUCCCAUACUUAAAAAAAAGGGGGUUUUUUUGAUAAAAGAGAAGAGAGUAGAAAAAGUAGAAAAAGGGGAGAAAAUUUAGUGAGAAAAAUGUUGAUGUGUUAUAGAAGAUUCUGUUUCCUAUAGGAUAGGAAAAAAAACCUGCUUUGUUAUUUACAUUUAAUGUGCUUGGAGAGCUAUACAUGAGGAAUUAGAUAAUUUCCCUUUUUAUAUAAAAUACAAGGAGAUAAUUCUAUAAUAUUAGGAUAUAUAAUCAAUUUAUUCAUUUCACCACUUCAUUAACUCUACUUUCUUGUAAAUCCCUUGCCUUCUCUAGCAUUUUUGGCCAAUUUAUACUUUACUGAGUUUUUUUCUGUAAGAAAAGAAGACAAGAAAUUAGCAUUAAGGUUAAAAAUGGGCUUACUCUGUUCAGUCUCCUUCUAGCAUACAAAGUGAACCAGUAAAAGAAAUGUUCUCUUAAGAUGUGAUAAUAACUCAGAUGAGCAGUUUUGUCAGGAAGUCAUUUUCUCAUUACAUUAAAUAUAAGAGACUGAAAAUUACUUUUAACUGAAAUUAAGUAAUUCUGAUUUUGUAUUAAUAGAAUCUGUAGUUUUACUUUCUGGUAACUAGAUGGUUUUGUCCAUUGUGCCAAUGGGGCUGGCAAGUACAGUGGAGCUCAUACAUCACAAACAAGAAUGAAGUUUGUUUCUUCUUUUUUGUCCUCCGAAAAACUACCUUUUAGGAUACUUCCUUUGUUAUGCAACUUUAAGUAGCUGAAUCCUGAAGUUCUUAUUCCUGUUUCUAAAUUAACAUACCUGUAAGAUACAUGACAAUUUUUUUAGUAUUUAAAUAGAAACAUAUUUAUUUAAGUAAAAUGGGUUUGAUUUUUUUUUUAUUUUUGAAAUGGCAUGAAUGUUGUGGUACUUGGUGAACAUGAAGGGCAAAAGGAGUUUUAUUUUCAUACAUGUUACUUUUCCAUUUUCAGUGAGAAUAAAACCAAGAAAAAUGCUUGGAAACAGUCUGUAGUUACUCUGCCUUUUGUAUGACAGACAAAUUCAGUAUAUAUUAAUGAUGAUUAUAGUUAUAUAUUGAGAUUUUUUUUCUCCUUGUGUGAAUUGUUUCAUAUUGAAAGGCAAAAUGCUGUAUAAAAUGUUUUGAAAGCGUAUUGUAGAGCUCUUUUAAAAUACUGGUAAUAAACUAUUUUAUUUAUAUGUA